CUUAUAUAGCUGAUCAAAGGAUUUCUACCAGGCAUGCUUGGCACGUCAGUAUCGUCAAACUGUUCAAAUCACACCAACAAUAGUCCUGCACGUGGUCAUAUUGUAUUUGUAUCCUCUGGUGGGGGAGUAUUACCAGUUCCUCGGUAUACAGAUUAUUGUGCAACUAAAGCAGCCGGUUUAUUGUUAUCGGAAAGUUUAGAAUUAGAAUUGAAAGAGAUGGGUGUUGCUGACCAAAUACACAUCACUCGUGUUAUACCGCAUAUUGUAAGAACGAAAUUAGCCGGACUUAUUACAGGAUCGAAAUCUCCAUUAAUCCAACUGUUAGAACCAGAUGAAUGUGCCAGACAGAUUGUGGACGGUGUUCUUCAGAACAAGUCAGUUGUUUACAUUCCUCGUAUUGUUCGCCUAAUGGCUAUCUUAAAAAUUCUGUCACCGAACUAUGCAAUGUCUGCCACUAGAAAGUAUUUUCGACAAAAGUUACUUUUCUCGACCAAAGAAACAAAAUAGAAGCUUGUAGUCGGCAAGAGAAUAUUUAAAUUUUUCUUUUUAAAUCUUUUUUCUGCACCAUAUUGAUUGUUUUUUUAUUGAACACAGAUAUGUGUCACUACACGAAAUAUGACUAGAACUAACUGUCUUUAGCAAAAACUAUCUUUAUGAUGAUAUACAUAGUUACAUCAGACGUGAGGUGAAAGCAUUUAGCGCGUACUUUAUGUGACGAAGACUCUGUUAGACGUGAAACUUAUAAGUUACUAUGUAAUUA